CACACACACACACACACCACCGCGCGCGCGCGCACCCACCCCCUGGAUUGCCCCACCUCAGCCCCCAGCUUGCCUUUCUCUGCAUGCCCACUCCAGGGAAUGCUGCCCAUCUGGAUGCACUGGGCCCCCUUACCUCCCAUGUGCCCCUGCCACCCUAUAUGUUCUACGUGGGGUUGUUCUUUGUCAACGUCCUGAUCCUGUAUUAUGCCUUCCUGAUGGAGUACAUCGUCCUUAAUGUGGGUUUGGUCUUCCUACCUGAGGACAUGGACCAGGCACUGGUGGAUCUGGGUGUACUCUCAGAUCCAGGCUCUGGGCUCUAUGACACUGAUAGUGAAUUGGAUGUCUUCGAUGGCUACCUGGAGUAGGGGGAUCCUGGGGCUGGGGUUCCCCAGUCACAGCCUUCCUUCUAACCUCAGGCCCUGCAGAGGAAACCUUCAGGCCUAUCACAGUUUGUGCUUCCUGGGCCAGAAUGCCUGGGACAGGCUGAUACUGUGGGCGACACAGGAGUUGCCACCGAUGAUUGUCAUCCCUCCUUCAAGGGGACCCAGGACAAUGCCCUCCCUGGUCCUCAAGACCUGUCUGCCCACCUUAAAAGUUCAUCACGAUGCAACUCCUGGGAUUAAUGAGAUUGAAAAGUGCUCAGGUUGGAAAGGCACACAGACUGGAAGAAUGAAAAGAAGAGCAACAGAAGGAGCCAGAUCACAGAUUCUUCCAAACAGAUGUUCCCUCAGUGACUGUCCAGCUGCAGUGUUGCACAAGAGGCCAAUGCCUUAGUUUAGUACCUUAAAUGAUCUGGAUGCAUAUUUUUUAUGGAAAUUCAAGUUUUUCUCUUUCGGUUUUAUUUCUAGCAUCAGUACCUUGAAGGGUCAACUUUGAGGGAAAAUGUACUUAAGACUGUUAGCAAUGAAAGUAGCCUAUAUCAAUAUUUGUUGUCAAUAAAGCUUAAAGUAGUUGAAAUGUUUAGAACUUUAUUGGCCAUUAGUUCUAGAGAUGCUCUCAGGUGGGGACUCAAAAUCAAAAUAAUUAGGGGAAUGUUACAGAGAUUUGGCUUGAUGGGUUGUCCCUUUUGUUUUCAAUCUGCUUGUCUUCCAUUGGUUUUGCAGAUAUCUCAACUGUUCUUUGGAAGAAAACUGGAAGAACAUGUCCAGAGAAUGACUUAAUUAUCCAACCCAUGAUACUUUGAAAAUGAUAGUAUUAUUUAAAUCCAGCUCCCAUAAACCUGUAAAAGCACUCUGUGAAAAGCUAGCCUCUUUUGAUUAAAAAAAAAAAAAGAUUCAAUCAAGCCUUCUGGAAUGUCUUGCUUUUUUCAUCUUUGCCUCAAUAAAAUUGAAAAAAUCAGUUUUAAAGAAAUUCAGUAUUGACCAAGACUAUAAAUGAAUGAUAAUGUCACUUAGUAUUUUGAAUCUGGGCCACUGUGAUUUGGCAAGUCCUUAUGACCCCCUAAUCUUUUCAGCCUAUUGGGCUUAUUCAGACCAGUAAACCAGCUAUUCGUACCUGUGGACAUGGACUGGAAACUGAAGAAGCAAGAUUAAAAUCUCUCAAGAUCAUUCCUUUGAGAACUUUGAAAGUUAGAGAGCAACUUGUAAUCAACUUGAAAUUUAAGCAACAUCUAACAAUAAUGUCUUCAAGAUGACCAGACUGAGAUGCCUGGACACAAACCAAGAUGGCAGCUGAGUUAGACUCUACCACCAUGGAUUUUGGUUCCUGAGUUGAAGACCUGGUGAAUGGAUGGGACCUGAGAAUUCCAGAAGGGCUUCAGGACAUAAGACCUAUCAGGAAGACACUUCAUUUCCAGUUCAGAUGCAGUUUACUUUCAGAGAAGCCUCAUGGACAAAGAAAAUGCCAUUCUCUCUUUGCCAUCUUAUCAUUUGGCAUAGGAAAAAUCAGCCCUAGACUAGCAUCCAGUCCAGAAAUGUGAAAGAGGAAAUCAGACAUAGCUGCCACCCUCUCUUUUCCUUGGGGAUCCCCACCUCCUUCAGUCUGGGAAAUGGAGAUAAGUGAGGGGGAUAUUUGUUCAAGCAUUUUGUCAGAAAAGAUUUCACUUCUCCAUUCAGCUGUCCUGAGAUGAAAUCCUCAUUCUAUCCUGCCAUCCCUGUGCUUUCCAUCAGGACUGAAAAGUACUAGGUAUGGUUACAAAUGAAAUAUUAUCAGCCAUCCCUACCCUUAACCUAUCCCCCAAUUAGUGUAACAUUUCCCCAGGGCAACUGCUACUAAUGUUACCUAUAAUGUUUCUUUACUUAAGUGUUUCUUGAUUAUCCCAGCAUUAGCUUCCAGUUUCUCUGGAAACUCUUCAGCUAGGAAAGUCAGUGCAAAAUGAGGUGUUCAAUAGCCAAAGUGCAGUUACCACAGUGCAGCUGGCUUCUCUACAUCUUUGAGAAUUAGCCAUUGAAGUCCACAGUUUCCCCUUAGGCUUCUAGGACUUGGGGUUGGGGAGCAGACAGGAAGUUCCUCUUUUCUCUCUUUCCCCUCCUCUACUUCCUGGGGCAGCCAAAGGAAAGAGGAAAUGUUGCCACCUUUAGUUCAUCUUCCAGACCACAGUUGCCAAAUGAAUACAUCAGAGAGAGUCAGGAACAGUGUUUCACCGUCACUCUGAUGCUGAUCCAAUGGCCUUUUGCCAAGCCAAGGGACCUUAUGCUGGCAGGAGGAUCGGGAGGAACAUUGACAAGUCUGAGAUGCCUAGAUACAAACCAAAAUGGCAGCUGAGUUAGACUCUUCCAGCAGAGAUUCGGGCCCCUGAGUUGAAGGUCUGAUCGAUGGAUGAAGCCUGAGAAUGCCAGAAAGGCUUCUGGACCAAGGACCUAGCAGCAGAAGGAAAAGACUGUUUUGAGAACUAAGCAGAUUGAGGGGAAGAUGGAUAGAGAGACUGCGACAAAGGGAAAUGGGGUAUCUACAGGGGUCAGAUGCAGAUCUGAGGAGGAGUGAAUUUAUUAAGGCUACUCCAUUGACAGUCAGGACAUAACUGAUCUGACACAAUGUCAGUACCACCAAUUUAUAGAUGAUAAAAAGAACAACUUCCUAAUAUUAAGGUAUAUUAAACAAAACAGAUGACCCUAGAUAGGUAUGUCCCUACCUCUGCCUCUAUGUCUGAUAAAAUCUUCACCAUCCUAGACUUGACUAGAGGACUUAUGGUGUCUAGGAAAAGAGAUACCAUAGCUUUUUUUAAGAUAUUUAAGAAUAGGAAAGAGAGAGGGCAUGGUAUAGAAGAAGAAUAAUGACUUGGAAUCAUAAGAUGUUAAGUUCAAGUCAUAGUUUUAACACUUCCUACACUUGCAUGACUGGGCAAGUCAUUCAGAGUCUUUGGACCUCAGCUUCUUCAUUCCUGUAAAAUGAGAACUUUAGACUAGUGGAUGUCUGAGGUCCUAUACUUUAUAAUCUUAUAAAGCUGCCUAUAAUACCGAGAGGCUAAUUGAUUUGCCAAUGGUGACUCAGGUGGUAUAGACUUGAACCUACAUCUCCAAGUUUUGUGUCUAUUCAAAAUAGCCUAUGAAAACAAUUUUGAGCCUGAUACUCUUACUUCCUUCUUCUCUCCAUCAUGAAAUCCAAAUAGACUCAAAAAAGACCCUAACCAUUGGAUACUGCACGUUCCCUCCUUCACCUUAAUGACCACCAAAUAUUUCCCCAAUUACCUUUCUGAACAGUCAAUACGAUAUUACCGCAAACUUAUUCGGGAGUCCAGCUGUUGUAGAUGUUCCUGAACCCAUAAGGAAUGGUGGGGUUCCACAUGCUGGAAAGGGAGGGCAGGAGACAAGGGUUAGAAGAAGAGAAGGGGGAUACAGCCCAUGGCACUAUCAGAUUCUUAUUUUCUGCAUCAUCUUUCAGACAAGAGUGAGGAGAAUGGGCACAUCCCACCUACUCUUAAUUAGCAGUCUCCUGGUGUAAUGCCAAUAAGUAUAAGACUAGGUAGUGCAGUGUACAGAGUGGAGGAUUUAGAGUCUAGAAGAGAUGGGUUCAAAUGCAGCCCCAGGCAAUUACUAUCUAUAUGACCCUGGACAAGAUACUUGACCCCUGUUUAUCUCAGUUUCCUCAUUUCUAAAAUGGGGAUAAUACUACCAUACAGGGUUAUUG